UAACACUCUCUCCUGACCCGAACUCUUUGUCUCGCGCGCUCAUAUUCCGACUCAUACCGCAUUCACGCUCGACAGUCGCUUUCGCUCACGAUCCUCCACGCUCGCUCGCCAUGCGCCUCGACCGGCUGCUCUCCAUCGCGACUCUCGCUCCCUCGAUCUUCGUCCUCGCAGAUGUCAAAUUCACAUCCCCAAAAGCUGGCUCGGACGUCACCCCAGGCUCUUUCACAGUAUCAUGGACGGAUGGUUCGGAUUCACCGUCAAUAGACGACUUGUCAACAUACACAUUGCAAUUGAUGGUGGGCGGCAAUGAGGAGGGCAACGCGCUACCACUCAUUGCCCUGGCAUCACAAGGAACAUUCUCUACGGGAAGCACAGUGAAAGGAACAGUGGCGGUCAACGUCGCGGGACCGACGAAGAAUGGAUACUAUCUCAAGAUGACAUCGACAGCAAAAUCCGGAGGAACGAUAAUCAACUACUCGGAUCGCUUCAACAUCCCGACGAUGACAGGCAAUACUCCUCCGACAUACGCAAAGGCGGCAGACGCUGUCGACGGAACGGAUGGACCGCCAACGCAAAACAACAUCGCGAACGACGUUGCUGCCGCUGCUCCUCCUGCUGCCGACGGACCGUUUGCCGUGCCAUACGCCCUUCAGACAGGACUCACAAGAUACGCUCCGAUGCAGGGUGUGCCGCCUACGAAGAUCUCUGCGAAGAACUACACGCCACUGCAUCCGACGAGCUCGUACAAGGUCGCGACAGCUUUCCUGCCGACGGCCACCGUCCAGAAGACCGUGACCCAGUCACAGACUUUCUCUGUGAGCAGUAGAGAGAACACAGUCGCUCCUCAAUCAAAUCCGACAGACGACAUGGCCAAGUACCUGGCACGAUGGAAGGACUAG